UAGAAUCCCAAAAAUUCCCACAAAAAACCUCCUCCUCUCCACCAAAAACACAUUGAAAAAACAAAAAUUAAUUCAUGAUCCAAAAUUAUUAACAAUGCCAAGCAAGCUGAAGAAGGCAAUUGGGGCAGUGAAAGACCAAACGAGCAUAAGCCUUGCCAAGGUCUCCAACACCAACUCCGCCAACCUCGAGGUCACCGUCCUCAAAGCCACCUCCCACGACGUCGUUCCCAUCGAAGACAAAUACGUCCAGGAAAUUCUCACGCUCAUUUCGUCGAACAAGUCGUACGCAUCCUCCUGCGCCCAGGCCAUCGCCAGACGCAUCGGCAAAACCCGUGACUGGAUCGUCGCCCUCAAAUCCCUCAUGCUCGUCCUCCGCAUCUUCCAGGAUGGGGACCCCUAUUUCCCCAUCGAGGUCCUCCACGCUAUGAAGCGCGGCGCCAAGAUCCUCAACCUCUCCAACUUCCGCGACGACUCCAACUCCUGCCCCUGGGACUUCACCGCCUUCGUCCGCACCUUCGCGCUCUACCUCGACGAGCGCCUCGAUUGCUUCCUCACCGGGAAGCUCCAGCGGCGCUUCACGUACCAGCGCGACCAAGAAUACAACAGCAGCCGGAGGAGCCGCCGGUCGAACGACCCCGUGGCCGUGGUUCGCGACAUGAAGCCGGCGAUGCUGCUGGACCGGAUUCACUACUGGCAAAAGCUGCUGGACCGGGCGAUGGCGACCACGCCAACCGGGGCCGCCAGGACGAACCGGUUAGUUCUGAUUUCGCUCUACGCGAUCGUUCAGGAGACAUACGAUCUAUACCGGGACAUUUCGGACGGGCUGGCUCUGCUUCUGGAUAGCUUUUUUCAAUUGCAGUAUCAAUCUUGCGUGAACGCGUUUCAUGCCUGCGUGAAAGCCUCGAAGCAAUUCGAGGAGCUGUCGGCGUUUUACGGGACGUGCAAGAGCUUGGGUGUUGGUCGGACCUCUGAGUAUCCUAGCGUGCAGAAGAUCUCCGAAGAGCUUUUGGAGACGUUGCAGGAGUUUUUGAAGGACCAAGCUUCAUUUCCGAGUCGGUCGCCGCCGACCCAUUUAACGGCCAAGGGUAGUAAGAAUAAAGGGUUGAGCUUGGAACAGAGUGAAUUUCCAUCUUCGGAGGAAUUCGAAACGGCGUCGGAGAAAGGUUCUGCGUUUAGUUCGGCCUGCACGUCGUUGGAGGAUUUGAUGAGCGUUUGUGAUCAGAAUGGCAAUGUGAGCCCGUCGUGGUAUGUGGAGCAAGAGUUUUAUAACUCAGAGGAGCAACCAGAGAAGCCGGCAGAGGAUGGGCUCGCCAGACGAACAAAUGAGAAUGGAUCGAACCAAUCUUCGCCGGAAAGUUUCGAUCUUGUUUCCUUUGAUGGCUUCCCACCGCAAUCUCAACCUCAACCACAACCGCAACCGGAUCAGAUAAAGCAAGAAGAACUAGUAGGAGUUGAUGAUCAAGAGGGUGCAAAACAGGGCUGGGAGCUUGUUCUGUUUGAGUCUGCAAAUAAUCAAACACCAUUCCAAACAUCAUCACCAAAUAUACCCAUUGAUUCAUCAAACUUGGAAAGCUUGUUUCAAAACUCCUCAGUGCCCCAACACAAUUACAAUCCAUUUCUUGAUGACCCAAUACCAUUUGAUAGCUUUGCAGCCUCUUCGAAUCCAAGCGCCACCGCCAGCAAUGGCUUUGGAAAUCUCGGAGAAGACGACCUGUUUUCGUUCCCUUCCACAAUGCUGGUAGUGGCACCAACAUUUCCCGGACAGAAUGUAAAAGAGACAACAACAUUUGGCGCCAAUAAUUCAAAUGAGAGCGCAGAUGUUACAACAUUUCCCGCGCAGAGUUCAAAUAAUUCAACAAUGGCACUAACAUUUAUUGCCCAAAGUCCAAAAGAGAGCGAAAUGUCACCAAGUCUCUGGCCACGGCGUGCAAAUGAAAGCACAACAAUGGCACCAGCAUUUUUUGCACAGAGCCGGAGAGAGAUGACAAUAGCACCAACAUUUUGUGUACGGAGCACAAAUGAGGUUGGUGAACAAAGUCCAAAAGAGAAUACAAUAUUAAUGCCACCACCAACAUUUCACGCACGGGAUACGAAUGGCAGCGAAAUAUCACCAACUUUCGGCGCCCAAAAUCCCCAAGAGAGCAGAAUGCCACCAAACUUUAACGAGAGUGUGGUGCCAACAUUUCGUGCACAGAAUCGCAAUGACAAGACCAUGGCGCCAACCUUUACCGCGGUGGCUCGCGAUAAUGAGAGCGUGGUGCCAACAUAUGGUGUACAUAAUCGUAGUGAUACGGCCAUGGCGCCAACAUUUGGUGCACAUAAUCGUAGUGACACGGCCAUGGCGCCAUCCUUUCAGGCAGAUGAGCCUAACGAGUUCAUUGCUGCACCGACUUUCUUUGCAAGAAGUGAAAUGAAGACAAGAGGAGCAUUGCCUAACGUAGAGAACAACGACCCGUUUGCGACGUUCUUCUCUAAAGUGACAACUCCUAGUGAAGCUGUGUGUAAUGGAUUAGUGAAUCAAGAAAGCCUCUUGCAUCAACAGAGAUUGUGGUUGGAACAGCAAAACAAGAUUAUUGCAAAGCAUAUGAGUUGAUUUGUUGUGCAUUAACUAGAUGUUGGGGGUUUUUUUAAAGAUCAAAUGUAAUGGUCUUGUAAUUAAAAAUCCUUCUCUCUCUAAGCAAAGUUGGAAUGACAGUUGUGAGUUUAUGCACCAACAAUGAAACAUGGUAUGAUCCGGUGGAUGAAAAUCCAAUGAUUAAUUAUCAUGAGAUCAGAAAAGCUAUAUAUUCAUAGAGAAAGUUUUUCUACGUUAAGGAGAAUAUCCUUAACACAGAAUAAGAAGUU